AUGUCCACAAAAUGUUUAAUUGUUUGCAGCUUCUACACAAGGUUGGCCGCCAUUUCUUCGAUUAUACUGAUUUUUCCCUACAUCGUUAUAUAUUUUCUUCUUAUUUGGUUCACACCGCCUCCGAAACACCGGCGCCACAGCAGCCUCCAUCUUCAACAUCAUCCUUCCCUGCAGCCACCGGCGCCGCCCUCCUUCUCACCGAAGCAACCGACACCGCCGACUUCUGCGCAGUCGUUUGAUUGGGUACUGAAGAUCCUCGCCUCUCUUAAAAAUCUGCACUUGAUGGAUCCUAAAUACACAGGAGAGAUGUUAAAACACUUGGAGAAACAGGAUGAACUCCUCAUGGAUGCUUAUAGAUCAAUGUCACAUGAAUUACAUAAACUUCAGGUUGAGGAAGAAAUGUUAAUGCGUGCGUUUUAUGAUCUCAUGGCAUCUCAAGGUCUGGCUACAAAGAGACAAGAUGGUACAAGUGUUUUGGAAGAUAUUGAGCCACCACAGUCAAAAUCAUUGGUCAAUGUGGAUAGUAAUAAAAAACAUUAAAUAAGUCAAACGUUGUUUUUGAGGUUUAAAUUUUGGGUAAAUAUUUGUUAUUGAAUAGCAUAUGUGGCUAACGACUUUUGUUACACAAUGUGGAUGUGGUCUAUGAGAAACGUAUUAACUAUGUGUACACUAACACUAAAUCGAAUUUUAAAAAGUAGAGCU